CCCAAUGGCUGCGCCGCCCGGACCCGCGGCGCUCCCCGCCCGCCGUUGCGGGGCCCGGGCCCAGCCCCAGCCCCGCCGCGGCUCCUUCCGCUGCGAGGCGAGGAGAGAGGCAGACAUGGCCAUGCCCAGUUCCCUUUUGUGGGCUGUUGACAUUUUUGGGAGGGUUUACACUCUGUCUACCGUUGGUCAGUACUGGGAGCUCUGUAAGGACACACAGCUGGAAUUCAAACGCAUCUCUGCUGUCAAACAGUGCUGCUGGGGAAUAGCCUGUGAUCAUCAAGUAUACACCUACGUGUUCUCAGGUGAUGUUCCUAUUAGAUACCAAGAAGAAACCUAUGAGAAUCAGCGUUGGAAUCCAGUUGGUGGCUUUUGUGAGAAAUUACUGCCCAGUGACCGCUGGCAGUGGAGUGAUGUGAGCGGGCUAAAACAUCAGCAGCUUGAUAGUUUCACACUGCCUUCACCACACUGGGAGUGGGAGUCUGACUGGUAUGUGGAUGAAAAUAUUGGAGGGGAACCAACAGAGAAAGGGGGCUGGACUUAUGCCAUAGACUUCCCCAGCACCUACACAAAGGAUAAGAAAUGGAAUUCUUGUGUCAGACGCAGGAGGUGGAUCAGAUACAGGAGAUACAAAUCACGGGAUGUUUGGGCACAGAUCGUAUCACGUGAUGAUCCAGAUAAACUGCGAGACCCUUUCAAUGACAUCUCCAUCGGAGGAUGGGAAAUCACCAGUGAGCCUCUUGGCCGUUUAUCAGUAUGGGCGGUUUCUUUACAAGGAAGGGUAUGGUACAGAGAAAAUGUCUGCCAUCACAAUCCAGAAGGUUCCGUGUGGUCCUUAAUCACCACUCCUGGUGAAGUUGUACAGAUCAGCUGUGGACCAUAUGACCUCCUCUGGGCAACUCUUUGGGAAGGCCAAGCUAUUGUGAGAGAAGGAAUUGAUAGGAAUAACCCUCAAGGAAUUUCCUGGAGUAUUGUGGAAUCUCCAAGCUCUGAAAAUGGGAUUAUGCACGUUUCUGUGGGUGUUGAUGUGGUGUGGUGUGUUACAAAGGAUAGAAAAGUGUGGUUUAGAAGAGGAGUGAACUCACAUAAUCCUUGUGGAACAAGCUGGAUUGAAAUGGUUGGAGAAAUGAUGAUGGUAACUGUAGGCUUAAAUAACCAGGUCUGGGGAAUUGGCUGUGAUGACAGAGCAAUUUAUUUUCGUCAAGGUGUCACACCAAGUGAGCUCAGUGGGAAGACAUGGAAGGCAAUUGUAUCUGGCCGAGAGAGUGACAGAUCUCAGACUGGGAGCUCAAUAAGUUUGCUCAGUGCUGGCUGUUUCUUUACUGAUGAUAUUCAGAAUCAAACGCACGCAAUCAUUCAGGGUGAUGCAGAUACUUCCUCUGAUACAGAACUUCCAAAUGUACCCAUGAACCUUGCCAAUGUUCCCCCGAUGGGAGCUGCAGCCAGCAGCAGUGGUAACAGCACAGGCAACCAGACAGAAGAAAUACGUGCUAAUUUGACUGUGGAUCCUCUGGACUCUGUGGAUCAAGGAGAAGCCACUAUUGCUUCAACUAGUAAUCAGAAAGCUAAUCUUGAAACGCAUAAGUCUACAAACCCAAAUCAUUCUGCAGAACUGCAGUGGACAAACAUUGACUUGAAGGAGGCCCAAAAGCAUCCAGUCCUCUCCCUCAGCACCUUUGCAGAAACAUCCAGCCUGUCUUCUCUUGGCAUGUUCUCAGUGGGAGCUGAUGAACAGUAUGGAGCCGAUGAGCACCCACUGUGGGCCUGGGUGUCUGGGGGCGGCUGUCUUGUAGAUUUGCACAGCCCAUUGAAAUGGUUCACUGUUCUGUCAGGUUUGUCAUCCUCCGUGCAAUCUCUGUCUCUGUCUAUCACUCCGGCACAGACAGCAGCGUGGCGAAAGCAGAUUUUUCAGCAGCUCAGUGAAAGGACAAAGCGGGAACUGGAGAAUUUUAGGCACUACGAACAGGCUAUUGAGCAGUCAGUUUGGGUUAAAACUGGAACCUUGCAAUGGUGGAGGAAUUGGAAGCCUUAUAAAUGGAUGGAUGUUCGAGUCGCACUUGAGCAGUUCACUGGGAGUGAUGGAAUGCGCGACAGCAUCCUGUUCAUCUAUUACAUGUAUCACGAGGAGAAAAAGUAUAUCCACAUGUUCCUGAAUGAAGUCACUAUUAUAGUUGAAGUUCUGAAUGAAGCCAAACACUCCUUUGCGUUGUAUACACCUGAAAAGACAAAGCAGCGAUGGCCGAUCCGCCUGGCAGCCACAACAGAGCAAGAAAUGCAUGACUGGAUGUCUUUGCUGAACAUGUCCUGUUGUGAAAGCAGACGGAUUCAGGGCCCUCCUUCUCACCAUGCCAUUUGGUCUGUUACUUGCAAAGGAGACAUCUUUGUUAGUGAGCCAAGUCCUGAACUGGAGGCCGGACCACACCUGAUGCCAUGUGAUCAAAUGUUUUGGCGUCAAGUUGGAGGUCAUCUUCGACUGAUAGAGUGCAAUAACCUAGGCAUAGUGUGGGGCAUAGGAUAUGAUCACACAGCUUGGGUUUAUACUGGUGGAUAUGGAGGUGGCUUCAUUCAAGGACUGGCCACUAGUGCUGAUAACAUUUACAUGCAGUCAGAUGUGAAAUGCGUUUACAUCUACGAGAACCAGCGGUGGAACCCAGUCACUGGAUAUAGCAGCAGAGGUCUGCCCACGGACAGAUACAUGUGGAGCGAUGCAUCUGGCCUGCAGGAAUGUACAAAAAUCAAUACCAAGCCUCCUUCUCCGCAGUGGUCUUGGGUAUCCGAUUGGUAUAUUGAUUUUAAUACUUCAGGUGGAACUGAUCGGGAAGGCUGGCAGUAUGCAGCAGACUUUCCAGCGUCCUACCACGGUCACAAGACAAUGAAAGACUUUGUCAGACGGAGACGCUGGGCAAGAAAAUGUAAGAUAGUCACCAACGGGCCAUGGCUGGAAGUGCCUCCUGUUACCCUGUGGGACAUCUCCAUAAUCCCCAGUUCAGAUGCAGAUGACAAAGAAGCAGUAGCACUGUGGGCAAUCAGUGACAAAGGAGAUGUGCUCUGCAGGCUUGGAGUGACACAGCAAAAUCCAGCGGGAACAUCCUGGCUGCAUGUGGGAACAGAUCAGCCCUUCAUUUCCAUCUCAAUUGGAGCAUUUUACCAAGUGUGGGCUAUUGCUAGAGAUGGUUCUGCCUUCUAUCGGGGUUCAGUGUCUCCAAGAAAACCCGCAGGUGACUGUUGGUAUCAUAUUCCUUCACCUCAAAAACAAAAGCUAAAACAAGUCUCAGUAGGACGAACGUCCGUGUUUGUGUUGGAUAAAAAUGGCAAUCUUUGGUACCGGCAAGGUAUCACACCAAGCUACCCUCAAGGGUCUACUUGGGAUCAUGUUUCAAAUAAUAUCCGUAAAAUGUCUGUAGGGCCCCUGGACCAGGUCUGGGUGAUAGCUGACAAAGUGCAAGGAAGCCAUAGUUUGAGCUGUGGGACCGUCUGCCAUCGGACUGGUAUUCAGCCAAUGAUGCCUAAAGGCCUCUCAUGGGAUUAUGGUAUUGGAGGUGGAUGGGAGCACAUUACAGUCAGAGGAAAUGCAACUGAAGCAUCUAGAGUUGCUAUGUAUGACACUUCCGAGGAAAACCCUGCAGUAUCAAAGGAUUUAGAAGAUGAGGAGAGUAAAGGGAAAACAGAACACUCUAAAACCCCUGUGAUGGUCAGUGAAAGUCAAGAAUUGGACAGAAAUGCUGUCAAUUGUUAAGUUGUCACCAUCUACAUGCUGCAAACAAGCAGUAGUCAGUGUAAUUUAAAAAGAAACUAAAUGUCUAUUGCCUGGAGAGAAAAACAUGACCUUUUUGUGCUACUACUAUUUUACUGAACUGGAGUUUGCAAUAGGGUAUUUUAAAUACUGGUAUCUUCUACUACAUCACAUGUAAGAUGUGACUUGAUAGAGCUAAUAGUUCUGUCAAAGCAGGCAAGCUUUUUAGCCACACUAUAUUUCUGACCCUUUACCAGAGCUGCUACACAACCAUACAAAUGUGAAUAUCUUUGCAGAUGGUCACUACAUUUACUUCUUUUUUUAUUAAUAUUACAGUUCCCUUCCCUGCAUUUCUCUCGUAUUUAAGCAGAGAUGAAGAUGUCAUACCUAUUUAAAUGAAUUACAGGCAAACGUAACUGGUCCUGAUUGUGCAAACAUUUUUAUGUGCACAUAACUUUGUUUAUGUGAGUCCUGCUUAUGUAAGCAUGUAGCUUGGGUCACGCUAUUCUUGCUCCCAUCAGUAAAAUUAAAUUCUAUACAAUUCCGCUUAGGGUACGGUCACCAAUAAGGGCCAAUUUUUGCUACCUGUGCUCACAGUGAAUAAUAGUACCUUAAUCAACAAGUGGAGCCACUGGUUUCAGUGAGACGAUGGGAAGAGCACUGUCCUAUUCAGUCUGACUAAGAGUGACAAAGUUUCAUUGUCAGUCCAAAUGGUGGUCAUGUUUUGUCUCCCUCUUAAAUGGAACCGUGCUCCCUGAAGUAUACAGAUGCCUACGUCAUGAGGUUGGAAGGCACCAAACACUUGAGUUCGGCUGUGUUCCAGAUCAUUGCAAAUUAUGCUUUCAUAGUAAAAGACAAGAAGGUUUUAAAUAAGAUUCUGACUUCACAGUGGUAGGAACGCAAAACAACUUUACUGGUUCCAGUGGAGUUUGCCAACGUACACUAACAUGGAUUUGGAAUAAAGCUCUGCUCUUUGUUUUUAGUAGGUGAUUGAUUCACCCCUUCCAACAAAAAAAACCCACUCUUUAUUCUCAAAAAAAGCUUUUUUUCCUGUCUUUCUUACUAUAAUUGGACCAUGAUGUGAAAUUAUUAUUUGAAAUCCAGUCCUUGAAGUCCUGAAAAAGCCUCAUACAAUAGCUUCAGGAAGGCACCACCUUUUUCCCUGGGCAGCAGUUUACAUUCAUUUUCCUCUCUGUAUGUGACUGUAUAUGGAGUUAUUUUUAUAUGAUGAGCAGUGUGGUGUGGUCUCAGUACUGUAUUUGUAGAAGUAAAACUUAUGUUUGCACGUAUUUAAAGAAUAUAUUUGGUAUUUUAAUGCCAAGGAAAGCACUGUUUCCCAGUCCAACUGUGAAUGAAGCUUCAAGAUGCUCUACUGUUUAAAAAACCUGUUUAUCUUUCCAGUAUGUGAUUAGAGAUUUCUGGUUUAUACGUAUAUUGUGGGAGUACCAUAAAUAACAUGUUUGCAUUAAUCACCAUAAUAGAUUUUGCGUAACUUGCACAGUAUCUUGUCUAAAUAAAUAACUUUAUUACAUGUAUUUCUAGAGAAUUAUUAGGAUUGUAUUUUCUCUGCAUCGUAUUGAAAAAAAUUUUCUUAUAAUAGUCAGUGUUUACAUAUCCAACAAUCAAACUGAUUUCAUACAAUAAGCUUUAUAAUGUACCUUUGCAUUUUUCCCUACAUUGCCAAGUUUCACUUACUUUACUGUAAAAAGCUGGGUUUAAGUGAACAAAAGAAAUUAUGUUUGAGUCCUAAAUACUUGCCUUUUGGAGCUAUUAUUUAGAAAAUUAUUUAAAAAUAUGUCAUUGUUGUCGCUACUUAAACUAAGGAAAAUUGACUUUAAAUUGAAGCAAUUUUGAAAAAUAAAAGUAGUUUAUCAGAAAAAAGUGCUUCUUAUGAAAUCCCUAUUGACAUGUCCAAGAAGGCAGCACUUUGUAGCAAAGUACUAUUGUGGAAUUAGCAGUUGUCAUUCUAUUAAAAUGCGUGUGUCCUG